UAUCCUCAUCUCGCUUUUGUCCCCUUUUUAUCCUGCUGCCCAUCGGCGUCAUCGGCGCUCGGUGCAUCGACUGCUGCGGGAGCGGCUGUGCCGCCUGCGCUGCGUCCGCCGCCAUCUUGGCGGGAGGAGGGAGAGGCGGGUCCUCAGGAUGGACAUCAGGCCGAACCACACAAUCUACAUCAACAACAUCAACGACAAGAUCAAGAAGGAAGAGCUGAAGAGGUCCUUGUAUGCCUUAUUCUCACAGUUUGGUCAUGUGGUCGACAUUGUGGCUUUAAAGACCAUGAAGAUGAGAGGACAGGCUUUUGUUAUAUUUAAGGAACUUGGAUCGUCUACCAAUGCUUUGAGACAGCUCCAAGGCUUUCCGUUUUAUGGGAAACCAAUGCGUAUCCAGUAUGCAAAAACAGACUCUGACAUCAUCUCUAAAAUGCGCGGGACUUUUGCUGAUAAGGAAAAAAGGAAGGAAAAGAAGAAGGCCAAAACUCUGGAGCAGUCAGCAAAUGCACCCAAUAAAAAGGUUAUCCAGGGAGCAACACCAAAUUCAGCUAAUGCCCCAGGGACUGCACCACAGAAUCAGGUGCCUGAUAACCCACCAAACUAUAUCCUUUUCCUUAAUAACUUGCCUGAGGAAACAAAUGAGAUGAUGCUGUCCAUGUUAUUCAAUCAGUUUCCUGGAUUCAAAGAAGUUCGCUUAGUGCCUGGGCGCCACGACAUCGCAUUCGUGGAGUUUGAAAACGAGAACCAAGCAGGAGCUGCUCGAGAUGCUCUCCAGGGGUUCAAGAUCACUCCAUCUCAUGCCAUGAAAAUCACUUAUGCAAAGAAAUAGCUGGGUGCUCCUGUAAAGGAGUUCUGUGGAUAGGUUUUUUUUUUUUUAAAUGAUGAUAUUUUCAUCAGCUGCCAUGUUUGCUGUUCUCUGCAAAAAACAUAAGACUCGUGCAGAAUUGCCACAAUGACCAGGACAGAUGUAGGAUUUCCAGAGAUCUACUGGAUAGUAACUUUUUCUGUUGAAAUACUAAUUUUUAUAAAAUAAAAUAUAAAUAUGCUGUUUUCAA